AUGGACCGCAAGACAUUAGCGAAAUACAUAGACCACACUCUUUUGAAGGCCGAAGCGACUGAGCCACAAAUCAGAAAAUUAUGUGCUGAAGCUAAAGAGCACCAAUUUGCUUCUGUAUGUGUGAAUCCAUCAUGGGUCUCUCUCUGCCACGAGUUGUUAAACAACAGUGGUGUGAUGGUGUGCACUGUCAUUGGAUUCCCAUUGGGGUCGACCCCAACCGAAGUGAAAGCUUUUGAGACAAAACAAGCUGUUGCCGAAGGAGCUGAAGAAGUUGACAUGGUCAUUAACAUUGGAUUAGUCAAGAGCCAGAAAUAUGAUUUAGUCGAAAAGGAUAUUCGAGCUGUUGUAGAAGCUGCUGGAACCAAAGCCGCUACCAAAGUCAUUAUUGAGUGUUGUUACCUCACCGACGAAGAGAAGGUCGAAGUUUGUAAAAGAGUUGUUGCCGCUAAAGCCGCCUUUGUCAAGACAUCGACUGGGUUUGGAACCCACGGCGCGAAGGUGGAAGACGUCGCAUUGAUGAGAAAGACUGUUGGCGAUCAGGCAAAGGUUAAAGCUGCUGGUGGAAUUAGAACUUACGACGACGCGAUGGCAAUGAUUAAAGCUGGUGCUGAUAGAAUCGGGGCUUCUGCUGGUAUUGCCAUUUUGGAUGGAAUGCACUAA